AUGGUUACAUCUCCAGCGUUUGCUUUCUGUCUGACAUGUUUGUUCAUGGGAAAAAUAGCUCAAGUGGCUAAUUUGAUGCAGUCCACAACUGUCCAUCAGGAGAGUGGCUUUAUAUCAGCUACUGUUGGCGACAACCUGAUUUUGAAAUGUUUCUUUACCAGUGAUGCUGCAAGGUAUUAUUGGUAUAAGCAAACAAUGGGACAGAAGCCAAGGUCCAUCUCUAUCACCUCUAAGUUUGAUAAAAAUGGCACUUUUUAUGAUGAAUUCAAGAACGAUCCACGCUUCACGUUAGAAACUAACAUCGGUAGGAAUCAUUUAAUGAUCUCAGAUUUACACAUUUCUGACUCAGCUACUUACUACUGCGCAAGUGGUUAUUCAUUGGUGUUAGAAUUUGCAAAGGGAACUACUGUCAAUGUAAAGGGUUCAGGUUUGAACACCCAAACUUGGGUUCAUCAGUCGACGUCUGAAAGCAUCCAGCCAGGAGGCUCUGUGACUCUGAACUGUGUGUCUGUACAUGCUGGGACCUGUGAUGAUGGAGAACACAGUGUUUACUGGUUCAAAUACUCUGAAGAAUCUCAUCCAGGACUCAUUUACACACAUGGAGGCAGGAAUGAUCAGUGUCAGAGGAACACCAGCACCCAGACAAACACUUGUGUCUACAAUUUACCGAUAAAGAGUCUGAAUCUUUCUCAUGCUGGGACCUACUACUGUGCUGUCGCCUCAUGUGGACAGAUACUGUUUGGAAAUGGGACCAAGCUGGAUGUUGAGCAUGUCUCUUUUGUCUUGGUGUAUUUCUUGAGUGGAGCUUUGGCAAUCACCAUCAUCCUAUGUGUUAUACUCGCAAUCUUGGCAUUUAAGAUAGGCAAAAGACCCAACUGCCAAUGUACAGAGUGUCAAGCAAGAGUUUCAGCUGCCUCCACAAGUACAGAGGGUUACCAAGAUGCAGACAGCCUCCAUUAUGCUGCUUUAAGUGUAAACGGGGCAAACAGACGAAGAAAACAGGACCAAACCUUCAGUGAAUGCGUGUACUCCAGUGUAAAGCAGUACAAUUAG